UACACUCUAGUUCUUUAUUCUAUGCCUGGACCCUGGAAGAUCAGCUAGUCGGCAAGGUGUUCGAAAAGAUUGUGUAGUUGUAGUCACUCUUUUUUUUUUUUUUUUUGCCUGCUUUUCUUCCACUGUCUUUCGUGGUCAUCUCUGUCUGCCAGUUUGGUAGUCAAAUAUCUCCCAGGUAUGAAAACACCGCUGCGCUAAAGUAGGUGCCCGAAUGUUAUUUUCGCCGACGUUACCACCAGAUACCACCAGAAAAAUGACCAGUUCUGCAUCGAGUGCACGUAGCCUCUUCGUGGAGUCGAAGGAGCGCCUUUGUGAUCGCAUACAAGUGAAUGUGAACAGCGUUGGGUCAUUAGCGAGGCAGGUAGUCAAAGGAUCUAAAAGCAGCGAGACACUGAUGCAUACUGCGAGAAACUUCGCAUUACAAGAGCACGCUUUGCACAACUCCGAAGUGAACCUGUGCAAAAUGCAAAGCCUCGUCACCAACUUGCAACUUCAGGCGGAUGCAAUACAAAAGUGUGCCCAGCACAUAGAAGUUGUUAAGGAAAAACUUCACCGGAUGCAGUGCUGAUGGAAACUAUAGAGCCAAGAAAAUAAAAGUUCCAGAUUUUAUUCACA